GGGAUGUCCUUGCCGAGGGCCGUCGCCAUGCCGACCGUAUCCCAGGCUCAUCGGAGGCUGCUGCAGGACUGCUGCUCUGUGCUGGACCAUCAGACACCAGGAGGUCUGUGUGGCUGCUGCUGGGCGUUUCGUCCUCGCUACAAGAGGCUGGUGGACAAUAUUUUCCCUGAAGACCCUGAGGAUGGGCUGGUGAAAGCCAACAUGGAGAAGCUGACGUUCUUCGCUCUGUCGGCUCCGGAGAAACUGGACCGCAUCGCGGCGUACCUGUCAGAGCGUCUGACCAGAGAGCUGAACCGCCACCGCUACGGGUACGUGUGCAUAGCGAUGGAGGCGAUGGAGCAGCUGCUGCUGGCCUGUCACUGUCAGAGCAUCAACCUGCUGGUGGAGAGCUUCCUCAGUACGCUGCGUCUGCUGCUGGAGGCCGACAAGCCACACCUGCACAUCCUCGCCACCAGCUCCUUUGUGAAGUUUGCAAACAUUGAGGAGGACACGCCGUCGUAUCAUCGCAGCUACGACUUCUUUGUGUCGCGCUUCAGUGAGAUGUGUCACUCCGAACACGAGGACGCCGACGUCCGGAACAGGAUCCGUGUGUCGGGGAUCCGCGGCCUGCAGGGCGUGGUCAGGAAGACGGUGGACGACGAGCUCCAGGUCAACAUCUGGGAGCCUCGUCACAUGGAGCAGAUUGUCCCCGCCCUGCUGGUCAACCUGCAGCAGCACACACACACCAACAGUGAGUCUCCAGCAGAGCAGACCGAGGUGUGUUUCAGGGAGCUGUUGGGCCGAGCUGCUUAUGGACACAUUAACAACGCUAUCAGACCUGUGCUCAUGCACCUGGACAGUCACAGUCUGUGGGAAGGACGAAGUUUUGCUGUUCGAUGUUUUCAGAUCAUCAUGUACUCUAUCCAGUCCCAGCACUCCCACCUGGUGAUCCAGCAGCUGUUGGGUCACCUGGACGCCAACAGCCGGAGUCCAGCUUCAGUCCGAGCCGGGAUCGUGGAAGUCCUGUCUGAAGCUGCUGUUAUAGAAGCGACGGGGUCUGUAGGUCCCACAGUACUUGAAGUAUUCAACACGUUACUGCGACAGCUCAGGCAGAGCGUCGACUACCAGCUGACCGGUUACUAUGACAACGCAGGAAAACACCAAACCACCUCGACGGAGGAGAAAACACUGCAGGACGCCGUCAUCAAAACUAUAGGUUCCUUUGCCAACACACUUCCUGUCUACCAGAGGUCAGAGGUCAUGCUGUUCAUCAUGGGGAAGAUUCCUGUUCCUGGUAUCUACCCUGCCCUGGGGUCACCCAAUGCCGGGUACCACUCUCUGCAGCCGACCUCCCCUGUUUUAAAUAUUUCAAAUCUAAAAAAAGAAGGCAGCAGAAUGAUCCAGGUGAUGCUGCUGAAGUCUCUCCUCCAGGUGUCGGAGCACUACGAAAGCACUAAUCUGUUGACGGCGUUGCCCUCGUCCUUCCUGGAGCCUCUGCUCUCCUUCACUCUGAUGGAGGACGCAGAGAUCCGUCUGCUGGUUCUCUCCAUCCUCACCUCGCUCAUCGACCGACGCCACAACGCCUGCAGGGUCAACACAGCCAGUGUGGUGUUUAAUGUCUCAGCGUUGGAGCUGAAGGAGGACAGAUGCUCUCGACAGGACAACCUGUUCAUGAGGAAGCAUGCUCAGCGUCUCUACAGACACGUGUACCUGGCCUGUAAGGAGGAGAGCAGUGGGCGGAGCCACUACCAGGCUCUCUUCACCCUAUUGGCCGUCCUGAGUGUGGAACUGAGCAGCGAGGAAGUGGCUGUGGACCUGAUCCGGCUGGUCCUGGCUCUGCAGGAGCUGGCGUUGUCCAAUCAGGAGUGUCUGUCAGUGUUUAACCGCUGCGGCGUUCAUGCCGUCUGUGCCGCCUUCCUCAACCUGCUGUCCCAGCUGGGCCCGCCCCCGCCGCUGCAGCAACACGUCGCACAGGUCAUAGAGAGUCGUCAGAAGGACGCCCCCUACCUGCUGCCUGAAGACUUCCUCUGUGACAAACCCAGACUGCCAGAAGGUGAGCUGAAGGUGGACGAAGCCCUUCUGUUUGUCCAGUCGAAGAUGUGCGAGGCUCUGACAGGAAGCAGCUACAGCACACACGCCGAACGCCUCAACACGCCGUACACACCUCAGCUCACAGAUGAGGAUCGUCUGUCUAAGAGGAAGAGUAUUGGAGACACCGUCUCUCUACAGAUGGACAUGGACCCUCAGUACUGUCCUGAUACACAACAGAAGCCUCAGACAGAGCAGAUCACCUUUGAAACACUGAAAAACGCGAUUGAGGACAGAGGGAGUGUGGAGGAGGAGCAGAGGAGGAAGAGGAUGCAGGUGGUGGAGCGGUUUCAGACGGCUCCCUUCGAGGAAAUCGCUGCUCACUGUGGAUCCAGGACCUCGUUACUUCAGUCCAAACUGGAUCAGGUCUUCGAUUUGAUCAUACGUCCUCCUCCGUCUCCGUCCGGACACUCGCCGCCUCGCUCCACACCGCUCUACGAGAUGAAGUUUCCAGACCUGUGUGUCUAUUAGGCACAAACGCACAUUCAGCAAUAAUUCAUGAGCUGCUUUUCUGUCAAAGCACCUUCCUUACCUAGUGUGACCUGUUAGGAGAGGACCCAAGGAGGUAGGGAAGGAAAGAAGGAGGCAGGGGAGGAGGAAUCAGGUCAGCCCUUACACUGGUGAUGUUUGGUCUCUGCUGCUGUCUCCCUGACCUUCAGAUGUGUUUGAU